GUUUCGUUCAAAGUGUCAUACUCCAAGUGUUUACGUUUGAUAUGUCAAUUCAACUGUCCAGAGAGUUUUAUUGACUUUUUAUUUGCUAUCUAAACAGCAAAUUCUGAUGGAUGCCUAAAAUCUGCCUAAAAUGCUGUUGACGCUACUUUAUUUGUACCAGCAUUGGAAGUUGCGAUCGAUAACAUUGAAAUUACUCAGCCAUUUGGACGACAGCAUUGUUUUUUACACCUUUGCCGAAGAAGGAAAUGUUCUGUCCCUCGUGCCAUUCUCAUCUGAACUCUGUACGAACCAGUCGGCAGCUCAAAUACGUGACAUCAUUUUGUUUACCAACUGCCAGAGAGGUGUAACCGUAUACCCGAAACAGAAUAUUCAUCUGGCCGCCUGGAUUACGUUUCCGUCGACGUCGCACGUUAUUCCAUUUCCAUUCACGUCGGAUGAGAGCCGGUGCGGCGACAUCCCAUUCAACAUUUAUUUAUUGAUCGAAACGGAUGUGAUACCGUCGGUGAUGGGCGGAAAUAGGAUGACGAUGAUUGAACAAUUUGGGAAGCUUAUCGCUUGGAAAGUGGACACUCGAAUUUCCAUUUUGUUGCACUCGAAUGAAAAUCAAUUUGCCAAUCUUGUCGUUAAUACGUUCCUAAAAAACUGUUUUUUAAUCAACAGCAAAUUGCCGUUGAUCCGUAUUCAGUCUGUUACCACAUCGGGAUCACCACAACCAUUCGACGCAGUUAAGACUGUAUUACCAAAGGAUAGCUACCAAGCUCCCCGCUCUACCGUUCCCGAUAUUCAUUGGGAAAAACACAUCAACGACUUGAAGAAACUGUCGAUUUUCGCGAGUCAGGCCGCCGAGUAUGAAUACAACAAAAAUAGAACUGAAGGAAAAACGGGCAUUGCAAAGCCAGAUUUAAUUCAAUCGACAAGAAAGUCUGAACUGGAGACUCAUUUAUCACCGAACAAUUCACCGAACGUAUCGGAUUUGGUGAAAACUGUUACAUCACCGAGGACAACGCCUCGAACCAGUCCGCUGAAAGCCAUAGCAGAAGUGAUUCCAGAAGAACAGUCGCCGAUUCAUACAGCCAUAUGCGCCAAAGAUCAAACCUCUGAUCCUGUUCCUCCAACCAUUGAGACGGAUAAGGUUCGGCCGAAAUUAGUUCGAAGCAAGGGCAGUAUGCUGAAAUAUGCCAAACCGCCGAAUAUUUUGGUCUAUUCCGACAGUACUGUGUCACGAGAUUGUGUAAUUGCAACGCUAAAGGAAAUUGUCAAGGAAAAUUCCUACACCAUUUACGCAUUGACACCGCAUCAAGCCAAAUCGAAGCAUUGGAUUGACAAUACAACGCUGCUAGUCGUUUGCGGAUAUGUUUCGCAGGACAUUGGCGAUUCAUUCACGCAAUAUUUCCUAAACGGAGGGUACAUGAUGAGCGUAUGUUCCGAUCUACUACACACCAUUCUUCCCACAUUUCGUUCUCACGCUGAAGUACGGGAACACGAGCUAGUGCAAUUCUCUUACGGACGUUGGCAAAAGGUCAAAAUGAUGCAUCACAUUUUUUGCUAUCAACCGUCACCCAUUAAAAAACAUUUCUCGACGGACAGUGAGGAUCACUUGAGCGACCAGAAGCCCAAUUCGAGUGCGAAGGUGUGCUCGAAGAGAUCGGUCGAACUGUGUGACCAACAGAAGGUCAUACAUAACUUACAAGUGCAGAUUUUGGGAACAGAAGAAACGUGGAAUACACCCAGUCUCUUAUUAGCAACCGAUCCGAUUAACAGUGGAGUGGCAAUAUUCUCUCAGGUUCAUCUUGAAGCGAAUCCCAACAGCUACGAACAGGACGAAGCCAAGUAUGGUGUUCUGAUGCAAUACGAGCAAGCUCGCAUCGAAAUUUUGACGGAUCUGCUUACGACCCAUUUGAAGAUUAAAGUGCAAGAGUUGCCGAAAAAAGCGAAAAUUCAGAGUGAAGCGUACGCCAAUGGAUACUUUCUGGGUGAUCAUAAGGUCAAAUAUCUGCUGCUUGACGGUUUGCGUACUAAAAUGACCGAACCGAAUGUUAUUCAAACUUCCAAAUUGAAAUUAACUUUUUGCCCUCGUGGUACAGAGCCACCGAAAGCAACCGCUCAAUUGUUACCGAUAUUGGUGGAUGCGUGUCCCGAGAAAUUUUCGACUGUCGACUACUUUAUGACAUUGUCCACAGAGAAAAUCGGUCGUUUGGCACUGUACUCUCCGGUGAUGACAUCCUCCAUGGAUGUCCUGUCGAAUACGAUCUUCGAUCAUGGCUUGGUGGUGAUACCUCUUCGACAAACGGCAGGCAAAGGAAGAAAUGAUAAUCAGUGGCUUAGUCCCGAAGGUUGUGGUUUGUUUUCCAUGCAAUUGCACAUCGGCUUGGAAACUCAUUUGGGUAGAACUGUUUCGAUGAUACAGCAUUUACUAGCUACCGCUAUCGUCAAUGCCAUCUUGUCGCAAGACGGAUACGAGAAUUUGGAUUUAGGAAUAAAAUGGCCAAACGAUAUUUAUGCAAAAAAUACCAAAAUUGGUGGCAUCAUUGUCAAUUCGCAUAUGAAUGCAAACGCGAUAAUAUGUAACAUUGGCGUCGGAAUCAAUCUGUCCAAUUCGACGCCAACGAUUUGUAUAAACGACCUGAUAAACGAGUACAAUUUGAAGAAUGGUUCGUCACUGUCGAAUUUGAGUCUGGAGAAAGCGUUGGCCCUGAUUUUCAACGAAAUCGAAAGAUUGAUCGACACUGUGCAGUCGGGCAAUUUACAACAAUUUCUUGACCUCUACUACCAGCAUUGGUUGCACAGCUCGGCAAAAGUGACAGUUAUCGAUGCCAAGGGAUCCAGUAAAACCGCAACAGUUGUCGGAAUUGAUGAAUUCGGUUUUCUAGUGGUGGAGACGACAAAGGGAAUUUUAACAGUACAUCCGGACGGCAAUAGUUUUGAUAUGCUUCAAGGAUUGAUUAUUCCAAAAUAAUUUUGAAUCAUCGAAUUAUCGUUGUUCACCAAACUGCAAUUUAUUGUUAUGCACUCGAUGUGAAUGUUUUUUUUUUAUCUAGACUCUUAACAAAAUAUAGAUGUCAAUGUUGUUGAA